UGGGGCCUUUUAUAGCUUGCUGUUCGAUGUGAGCCAAGGCUCCGUGUUGAAGGCCGUACUUUGACCUAUAAUGGUUUACUUUUACAAAUUGUGACUUGGAUGGAGAGUUGUCUCAUUGGCACUCAUACCACAUCUUCUUAUAUCUAUAUAGAAUAUUUCCAGCAAUUUUCAGUGCUUUUCUAUUUAUUCAGAUUUAAAAGUUGACAAUAACAGACUAGUGAUACAGUAGAUGAACUACUCAGAUCACUUGGACUCCGAGGCCCCAAACUAAAUACGUCGACGAGAGACAAAACCGUUACAGUCACUUGUAGCCAAAUAUUUGAGGAAUGCAUUGAAAGAACAUUAGUGUAUUGUUAUAAAAAAUUACCAAAAAUAGCUUGGAAUACGACAUGUUGCGUAUCACUAUAUACGCACUUAGUAUAUGUACAAUCUAUAUGGAAUCAUGCCAAUCAUGAGAUGCACAUUGGAAUAUAUACAGAAAGAAUACUUUGAACUGGAUAAAACAUGGGAUGAAUCUAAGGAGUUUUGUAAGACAUGGGGAGGAAGAUUGGCUACAGUUUCAAGUUUUUCUGAGAAUCAGUAUAUGAUCAGAAGGCUUGGUGAUGUACUCUCAAUAUGGAUAGGAGGGUCUGAUUUGAAAUCUGAAGGUACUUGGGUAUGGACCAAUUAUUCACAAGAAGGAAAGCUGAUUCAACCAACUUUCUGGGGACCGAACCAACCAAACAACUAUAACGAACAAGACUGCUUGGCAUUCUAUAAAUUUUAUGACGGCUACGGGUGGGAUGAUGAUCAAUGCCAUCUACAAUAUCAUUUUAUGUGCGAGAAGUGACAUAUAAAUAUCUUAUAUACUUUAUCAAUUUCCUGGUUAUUAUGCUAUAUUAAUGGAUUUCACUUGAUCUUUCUUUUUUAUAAAAAAAAACAUACAUCGAAGUGAAAAAAAGUGUUACAAACACAAUUGUCUCUGAAAAAAAUGUACCUUUAUUAAAAUAAAGAGACAAGUGGCUACAACUGUUUUAUUAAAGGACUUGAUUCUU